GUCGGGGGGCGCGCCCUGGAGGCGCCGGUGCGGCGCUCCGGCUUUGGGGUCGCCUUUAGAGCCAGACUCAGCCGCCUGGAGGAGCCAUGUCUCCUGCAGCCUUGGGUGUCCCCUCCUGGUCCGGGCGCCUGCCUCUGCGCAAGAGGAGAUGCCGUUGGAAUUCCCCGUGAAUGCUGGCAGGAGGAAUGUCCGAGCCGCCCGCCGAAAACGGUCCGAAAAAGAGCCAUAUGUAGGCCGGGGACCCCGAACCACGUCCCCUAGGAUGGACUUCCUGGUUCUCUUCCUGUUCUACUUGGCUGCGGUGCUGGUUGGUGGCGCCACGAUCUGCGUCUGCUCCAGAACCAGUUACCUGAGAGGCCUGGUCAGGGGAGGCACACAGGUAUUUUCCUAUAUAAUUCCGGAAUGCCUUCAGAGAGCGAUGCUAAGUUUGGUCCAUUACCUCUUUCACACACGGAACUACAUCUUCGUUGUCCUGCACCUCACCUUGCAAGGGAUGGUUUAUACCGAGUACACCUGCGAAGUGUUUGGCUACUGCCGAGACCUGGGCUUCUCCUUGUGCUACUUGCUUCUGCCCUACCUGCUGCUGACUGUAAACCUGGCGUUUUUCACCCUAAGUUCUGUGACCGACCCUGGUACCGUAACAAAAGCAAACGAGUUAUUGCUUCUUCAAGUGUACGAGUUUGAUGAGGUCAUGUUUCCAAAGGAUGCGCGGUGCCCUACGUGUGACUUACGGAAGCCAGCACGGUCCAAGCACUGCAGUGUGUGUGACCGGUGUGUGCACCGUUUCGACCACCACUGUGUGUGGGUGAACAACUGCAUCGGGGCCUGGAACGCCAGGUACUUCCUCAUCUACCUCCUGACGCUGACCGCGUCAGCGGCUGCCGUGGCCCUCGUGAGCACCACGUUGCUGGUCCGGGUGGUGGUGCUGUCCGGCUUGCACCUGGAGACUCGCAUCGACGACCUUGGACACGCCCAGGUUAUCGACAUCUUCCUGCUUGUUCAGGACCUGUUCCUGACCUUCCCGAGGAUUGUCUUCCUGCUGGGCUUUGUCGUGAUGCUGAGCUUCCUCUUGGGAGGCUUUCUGUGCUUUGCUCUGUACCUGGCCGCCACCAACCAGACUACCAACGAGUGGUACAGAGGCGACCGGGCCUGGUACCAGCGUUGCUCCCAAGUGGCGGGGGCCCCGUCAGCAGAGCCCCAGGUCUACCGGAACAUUCACUCCCACGGGCUUUGGAGCAACCUUGGAGAGAUCUUUCUGCCUGCUGCUGCUGCUGCUGCACAUUAUGAGAAAAAGAGAACAUGAGACUGGGAAGAGUGUCACUGCCUUCUAAAUACAGUGGACAUUUAUUUAUGCAUAUGGAUUCUUUCCAAGCAUUGGCA